AUGGAUGAAUCUAGCCUGGAGGCGGCAUUCAUUCCAGCGCUUCAUAAACCAACGGCUCUAUUGCCAAUUGCUAAGCAUCGGACCUCCAUCUUGUAUCUCGUUGAGACCUUCCCGGUCACGAUUGUCGUGGGUCAAACUGGCUCCGGCAAGAGCACGCAGAUUCCGCAGUUCUUGGAGAAUGCUGGCUGGUGUACAGAUGGCAAAGUCAUUGGCGUCACUCAGCCCCGCCGUGUCGCUGCCAUCACGGUAGCUAUGAGAGUUGCCGAGGAGUUUGGCUGUGAGGUGGGCAAGGAGGUUGGAUACUCUAUCCGCUUUGAGGAUGCCACAUCAUCAAGUACACGCAUCAAGUUUCUCACCGACGGCAUGCUGAUCCGGGAGGCCCUUGUAGACCCCCUUCUGUCUCGAUACUCGGUGAUCAUGGUCGAUGAGGCUCAUGAGAGAUCAAUCAGUUCCGAUAUUCUGCUUGGACUCCUGAAGAAAAUUCGCAAGAAGAGGCCUGAUCUGAGAAUUAUCAUCAGCAGCGCAACGCUUCAAGCCGAAGAUUUCCGCAGUUUCUUUUCAGGGCCCAAAGGCGAAGCAGCUCCAGACGACACCCACAUAGAUGAUAUCGCCUCCAUAAUCAGUCUCGAGGGUAGGACGUACCCGAUAGACAUCCUCUACCUAGACUCCCCGGCCGAAGAUUAUCUCGAGAAAGCUGUCUCAACUGUCUUCAAAAUACAUGAAAAUGAACCCAAUGGUGACGUACUCGUCUUCUUGACCGGGAGGGACGAGAUCGAGCAAGCCGUGCAAGCCGUCUCGGAAUGGUCGACAAAGCUACCGCCGGGGUCUCAGUCAAUCCUUCCUCUGCCGUUGUAUGCCGGCCUAUCCGCUGACCAGCAAAUGUACGUGUUCGAAGAGGCGCCCGAAAACUUCAGAAAAGUCAUCUUUUCUACCAACAUCUCCGAGGCCUCGGUGACAAUAGACGGAAUAGUCUAUGUUGUCGAUUCUGGCUUUGUUAAGCUACGGGCAUAUAACCCAAAAACCGGAAUAGAGAGCUUAACGGCAACACCAGUGUCCAAGGCAUCGGCGGCUCAGCGUGCAGGACGUGCUGGCCGGACAAGACCCGGAAAAUGCUUUCGGCUGUACACCGAAGAGGCUUACCAGUCCCUUCCGGAUGCCAACGUACCCGAGAUCCAGCGUUCAAAUCUAGCACCUUUCAUUCUCCAACUCAAAGCCCUCGGCAUAGACAAUGUUUUGAGGUUUGACUUUCUAACGUCGCCUCCUGCCGAGUUGAUGACCAGGGCACUUGAGUUGCUCUACUCCCUCGGCGCCCUCGACGACUACGCCAAGCUGACGAAACCCCUUGGGAUGAGGAUGGCGGAACUGGCAGUUGAGCCAAUGAUGGCUAAAACGCUGCUCUCGGCUUCGUCAUUCGGCUGCCUAAGCGAGAUCUUGACAAUAGCAGCCAUGACUAGUCUCGGUGGAAGUGUCUGGAUUCAACACGAAGGGGAGAAGAAAAAGACCGAAAGCGCAAAGAGAAAGUUCUCGGUCGAGGAAGGGGACCAUCUAACCCUUCUCAACGUCUACCAAGCUUUUGUGACAAAGGGCCGAAGAGAAGCUCGCUUCUGCCAUGAAAAUCUGCUCAACUUCCGAGCCAUGAGCCAAGCGGUCAGUAUCCGGGCACAGUUGAAGAGGUACCUGGAACGUUUUGGUAUCAAGGUCGAGGAAUCGCUCGCAUCCCCAUCUGCCUCGACAGCCAAUAAAGCCGAGCAGAUCCGACGGUGUCUGACUGCAGGCUACUUCGCUCAUGCUGCAAGGAUGCAACCAGACGGCACGUUCAGGAACGUCUCUGGAACAACAGUCCUUCAUGCCCAUCCGAGUUCAAUCUUGUUCAAUCGCAAGGCGGACUGGGUCAUAUUCCACGAGGUCAUGGAAACGGCCAAUAAGACAUUCAUCCGGGAUAUCACGAAGAUCAACAAGGAGUGGUUGCUAGAGUACGCACCAGAAUUCUACAAAACGAGUUGA